CUGUGGGGCGGGGAUCGGUGACACCGGCGGGUGGGAGGUCGGUGAGACCGGGGGGUUUGGGUUUGGCGGCACCGGGGGAGGAGUGAGUCUGUUGGGGGACCCCGGGACAGCGGGGGGGGUUUGGGGGGCUCCGGGACACUCGGGGGGGGGCAGGUCCCGGGGCGGCCGGGGGGGGGUCCCGGGACACUUUGAGCGGUUUUGGGGGGCCCCGGGGCGGCGGGGGGGGGGGUGGUUUUGGGGAGCCCCGGGGCGGCGGGGGGGGUGGUUUUGGGGGGCCCCGGGGCGGCUCGUCCCGUUCCGGUGUCACGACUCCCGCCGCUGUCUCCUCCCGGCCGCCAGGGGGAGACCAACCUGCGUGGAGGCCCCGCCCCUGCAGGCGGCGCCCCCUGGCGGCGCGGCGGGAGCCGGUGGCGCUGGCGGCCAUGUCCCGCCGGGCCCCCGCGAGGGAUUCGGGCACCCCCAGGCGCCGGGCGCUGCCGGCCAUGCGGCCACGGGCCGCGGCGGAGCAGGCGAGGAAAGCCCAGCAGCUGCAGGAGCUGUGGAGCCGGACGGAGCGAGCCGAGCGGAGGCUGCUGGCCUGCGAGAACCUGGUCGGGGAGCUGGGCAGCAACCUGGCCGCCCUGGGCAGCCUCCUCCAGGACUACGGGCACCUCCAGCAGCGGCUGGACAAUGUGGAGAAUCUCCUGAGGAACAGGAAUUUCUGGAUCCUCCGGCUGCCCCCCGGCUCCCAGGGCGAGGUCCCCAAGGUGCCCGUCACGUUCGACGAUAUUUCGGUGUACUUCAACGAGCAGGAGUGGGAGAAACUGGACCCGUGGCAGAAGGAUCUGUACAGGGCUGUGAUGAGGGGGAACUACGAGAUGCUCAUCUCCCUGGACUAUGCCGUGUCCAAGCCUGACAUCCUCUCCCGGAUCGAGAGGGAUGAAGAGCUCUGCAUCGAAGAUGGCCAGGAGCCCCCGCAGCCACGUCCCACAGACAAUCAGGAGCCCCCACAGCCACGACCCCGAAAUGAUCUGGAGCCCCCACAGCCACGACCCCGAAAUGAUCCGGAGCUCAAACAGCCACGACCCCGAAAUGAUCUGGAGCCCCCGCAGCCACGACCCCGAAAUGAUCUGGAGCCCCCACAGCCACGACCCCGAAAUGAUCUGGAGCCCCCACAGCCACGACCCCGAAAUGAUCCGGAGCUCAAACAGCCACGACCCCGAAAUGAUCUGGAGCCCAAACGGCCACAACCCCGAAAUGAUCCGGAGCUCAAACAGCCACGACCCCGAAAUGAUCUGGAGCCCCCGCAGCCACGACCCCGAAAUGAUCCGGAGCCCAAAUGGCCACAACCCCGAAAUGAUCCGGAGCCCAAACGGCCACAACCCCGAAAUGAUCCGGAGCUCAAACAGCCACAACCCCGAAAUGAUCCGGAGCCCCCGCAGCCACAUCCUGGAAAUGAUCCAGCGCUCAAACAGCCACGACCCCGAAAUGAUCUGGAGCCCAAACAGCCACAACCCAGAGACGAUCAGGAGCCCCCGCAGCCACGUCCUGGAAAUGAUCCGGAGGCCCCACAGCCACGACCCAGAGAUGAUCAGGAGCCCCCACAGCCACGACCCAGAGACGAUCAGGAGCCCCCACAGCCACGUCCUGGAAAUGAUCUGGAGCCCCCGCAGCCACGACCCCGAAAUGAUCCGGAGCCCCCGCAGACAGGCGUCCCAGAUGGUCAGAAGCCCCCCCAGACGCCAGAAGAGAUGGAGCAGAAAGAAGAGGCUUUGGGAGAUGACAAAGCCCGCAGGGCAGCUGGCCCAGAACUCCCCAUCGUGGUGAUGAACGUCAUGUCCCUGAGCGCGCAGAAAGAGGAGCUGCGCAGGGAGGAUCAGUCCGAGACAGAGAUGGAAGUGGACCCGGCUGAGACCAACCCCAGAAAAGGCUUUUUAACGGGAAACGGCACGGCGGCGUGUGAAGAGGCUUCUGCUGAAAAGGUCAGGGUGAAGGAAGAGGAGCCUGAGGCGCUGCAAGAGGUUUCCGCACCCUCUCCCAGCGCGGAGAUCCAGAAGUGCCCCAGGGGCGAGCAGGCCAAGGCCAAGGGCAAGAAGAAGCCGAGCAGGUGCGCGAGCAGCAGCCUGCUGAUGGGCAACUGCCGGCGCGGCUACGUGCGCGAGUGGGCGCACCCCUGCACCGAGUGCGGGAAGCGCUUCCGUCUGAAGAUCAACCUCAUCAUCCACCAGCGGAGCCACGCCAAGGAGGGGCCCUACGAGUGCGCCAUGUGCGAGAUCAGCUUCGCGGACAAACGCCAGCUGGACCGUCACCAGAGCAUCCACGUAAAGGACAGGGCCUUCGGGGCCAAGGUCUGGGGGAACGUCCACCCGGAGCUGAGGACCCGGCCGAGGAGGAAGCUGUGCAGGGCUUUCUGCGGAGACGCCCACGGCCUGGGCAGCGGGCCCUACGCUGGGGGGCCCGGGCUGGGCCAGCCCAAGGAGGAGCUGGACAGAGGGAGCCCGGCCAGCGCGUGCCCCCCGCAGCAGCAGAGCCCCAGGUCUCGUGGCAGGUCCGUGAUGAAAUGCAGUCUUUGCAAGAAGAGCCUCUCCUGCUCCUUUUCCCUUCGGCGGCACCUGCAGAUCCACCUGCGGGACAGGCCGUAUUGCUGCCCCGCCUGCCAGAAAUGCUUCGCCCGCAGAACCCACCUCUCGCGCCACCAGAAAACGCACAACCACCUGAAAGCCCUGCCGGCGCUCCGGCAGCCCCCGCCGGCCCCGGCCCCGGCGAGCCGCCGCCGAGGCGGCGAGGAACGGCGGCCCGGGGGCCCGAGCCGCCCCCGCCGGCGCGCUGCUGGGGGGCCCGGCGGAGCUCGGCUGCGCCGGGAGGUCCGGCCGGGCCGUGGGCAGCAGGGCGGCCGGCGCGGGGCCGACGGAGAAAUAACAGCGGGGGAAGAGCCGAACUGCUUGUGUCCCUGGAGGGCAACGGCGAGCGUGGAUUUUGCACACUGAAUUCCAGAAUUCCUGAAUUUCCUGAAUUCCAGAAGGAAGCGAAAGCCUGGGCACCACCCCAGAGAGCGAAUUACAGAAGCCUCCCGUGAUCCAAAAUGCUUUACCGUUCCUCGGGCUCUCGCGUCUGCUGCCUGAUGCACAGAAUUUUCCCCAAGCGGAGCUCGCCCAUUACUUGAUGCUGGAGCUGACCCCUCGCUUUUGGAAACACAAUUCCACGGUGAAGAGGACAGAGAGAAGGGGCUCGGGCUGGCGAGCCGGGCGGGAUCCCCACGGGACAAUUCACUUCGCUUAAAAAGUCUCUUGGCCAGGGCGCUGGAUGACGAGAUCGCGGCAUCUCCGAGACCCCCCCCCCCCCCUCGCGUCCUGGCCACGCUUGUUGGAGAACCCACCCUGGCGAGGACACCCGCUGACCCCUCCGUCAGGUUGCCAACACCUGAGCGUUGCAGGGGAAGAUCAGCGGAACAAACCGACCCACAGUAUUUUGCGCCCGCGAGGGCGCUGCGCGUGUUCCUGAAGCUCCCGGCGGCACUCCUCCCUCCGGCACGGCCAGCCCGCGCGAGCCAGCAACACCCCCGGGAGUUACUUCGUUCCCUCAGGACCAGCCUGCACAGAUGGAGAGUCACUUUAGAAAUAAGUCACAGGUAAGAUUAACCCCGCGCCGCAGCAGCAGUUCACGCGAGGACCCUUCCCGGGGCUCAGGUGUGUUGGUUACGCGCGUCGACGCCGGCUCCGGCACGGGACCCCCCCCCCGUUCUCCGAACUGCACGUCGCCUCCUCCCGUCACGCGCGGAACCCCUCCGUAACUAAUCCUACGAAGACCUAGUUCUGCUAGCUACCUCAAACGUCUUGUGGAGCGAGAGCUGCCCAGAGGCAGCCGGGUAACCGGAUCCCAGUAAGCGCCGCCCGCCAGGGCCAGGGGCGGCUCCGGUGUCCCCCGGUGUCCCCCCGGCAUCACCCGCGCGGCCGCGGCCGGAGCCCGGCGUGCGCCACGGGCAGCACGACCCGUGCACAGAGGGAGGAGAUGGGUCCGGGUGGCAUCGCCGUGCGAACCGAACAGAGCAGCUGUUAGAACUCCCCAGGUUUAGUUCUCCAGGUGUUUGGUUGGUUGUUUUUUUGUUGUUUUUUUUUUUUUUAAAUGGCGUUGUUCGAUGUAAUUGUUUGAUGUCACUUUCUGUCCCUCUCCGGGCAGGGCGCGCGGGGGAGCCAGUUUGCUUCUCGCAUUUUUCAUUCCUGGCCGUUCAGCGGUCCCGACGGGCGGCGGGGGGUGCCGCUGGGUGCUUCGGGGGGGGCCGUGUCCCGGGGUGACCCUCAGCCGUGCCCGGCCACCUCCCUGCCCCACGGGCACGGCCCAGCUUGGGCACGGCCCGCUGCUCCUCGGCCGGCUUCCCUCUGGUCCCCGUCCCCAGUGCCAGUCGGGUUGUCCCCGCGGCCCCCGAGGGACGGUGCCUCCCUGCCCCCGAGCCCCUGGGGGUUUAGAGGGGCGGUUGAUGCCUUGUGGUCGUGCGACGGCGGCGGGUCGGGCAGCGAGCUGGCCUCCGGGUGACCGGGCUGGUUAUCCCCGGCCCGGGUGGAGAUCCCAGCAGCCCCCCCAGCCGGACCCAGAGGCCCGAGCCAGCCGGUGCGAUGGUGCUGCCGGUGGGCAACGCCGCCCAGGCGGGUGUGGAGGGGCCGGCCUCUCCCCGGGGGCUGACUGCCCCGACCUGUCCUUAAGGCUGGUGUGACUGGGACCAGCGUUUCCUGUGAACUCUCAGAUCCCUUUCUCAGGCUGUGGAAUCAAUAAAGUAUUUGUACGUC